CCACCACCACCACCACCACCACCACCACCACCACCACCACCACCUCCUCUUCCACCGCUCAUCCCCACCCCUCGUCAUGGCCAAGCGCGUCUCCAUGCCGGGCACCACGCCCCGUCGUUCCACGCACACGCUCUUGUCCGCCUCUACGCCGCGCUCGCACGUGGCAUCUUCGGCGGUAGUGCCGUCGUACGAGCUGCCGGCGCACGCGCUGCUCGACGUCGGCGGCGCCUCUGCGCCGUCGCUCGACUUCGGCGCCCUCUCGGCGCGCAUGCGCGCCUUUGGCCUCGCCCUCGAGCGCUUCGUCGCCGACAGCUGUGCGGACUGGGAUGCGGAGCGCGACGAGACGCAGCGCGCCCGUGCCGCGGCGGCGGCGCAGCGCAGCGAGCGCGAGCGCGGCAUUGACGAGGCAAAGGAGAGCCAGAAGGACUUUUAUGCCACCAUUGCCGCGGAGCGCCAGGCCGAUGCCACGGCGCGCGAGGCGCUCUUGGAGCUCGAGCGCCGCCUCGUCACGCUCAGCGCCAGCACGUCGAGCGCAUCCAAGGACCUGGCCGACGUGCGUGCCAAGCUGGCGGUGCAGCAGGCGCAGCGCAGCGCCGACCGCGACGCCAUCCACGCACGGCAGAGCGAGCAUGGCGACGAGCUGGCCAAGCUGGAAGACCUGACGGGCCUGCGCAUCAGCGGCGCAAAGGAGAGCAAUAGCUUUGCCUUUGCAUGGACGCUGCUGGACGAGGCCGAGCCAAUGCGGCAGUUCUGCGCCACGCUCGUCAUCUCGGACACGAAGCAGCGAGGCAAGAAUGUGUAUCUGCUCAAAGCAAUCGCCCCGCCACUGCGCGACGCCGAGCGUGCAGCGCAGUACGUGGCCGAGCUGAACCGCACGCGCGACCUGUACGGCUGGGCGCGCAAGAUGCGCGCCGCCUUCGUCGAGACGCUCGCCGAGGAGAAGGCACGCAAGGCUGCUGGUGCCGUCUAGAGUUUCGCAGCGGAGGUGGUGGUCUUGGGGGCGCGCGCGCGGUCUGAGGGCUGAGAUUGCAAUGUCACUUGUAUUUGCCACAUU